AUGGAGGCAGGUUUUUCUCAUUUUUCAGGGUCAUUCAAUCUAAGCAAAUAUGAAUUGCUCGAAAACAUUAGAUUUGACGAAAUAGGAAUAAUAGCUUCGGGUUUCAUCCUAUUCUCACUCGCGCGAUUCUUAUUGACCCAGACUAGUACCAAUGUUAAGUUGGGCAUUGAUGGAAUCCUUUACAAGAUUAACAAAAAAUAUAAAAUUUCUAGGGAUGGAAAGGAGGAGAAGUGGUGUGAAAGUCUGUGGUACUCAAUAUGGCACACAACAUCACUUAUAAUAUCAUCAAUCAUUUUAUUCAAAGAGUUUGAUGGUUUUUAUUAUCCAGCGUGGGGAAAGCUGCAUUUUACCAAUCCCUCCGCCCUUUGGUUCUUGUAUGAUGAUAUUCAUUCCAUCAACAGCCACGCCUGGCCACAUAUCAGAAUCAAUACAUUAUUCCACUAUUUCUACUUAUAUUCAGUAGGACUCUGGCUCUCCUCAUUAUUGUUUUCAUUCACUGAAACUAGAAGGUCCGAUACUUUAGUGCUACAAUUCCAUCACAUCGUUACCUCAGUACUAAUUUACGUUUCACAUAUAUCCAGAGUGCAUCGGAUAGGAAUAAUUGUGAUAUUCUUGCAUGAUAUCGCUGAUGUUUUACUUUACUCCACAAAAACACUCUAUUACUCAAAAUCAGUGUCAAAGACAUUGAUCACUUCCAUGUAUGUAAUAUUCGCCUUAUCCCACUUCAUAACACGGUUCGUAUUAAUGUCCAAAUAUGUAUACAUACCAUUGUGUAACAGAUUUCCAAAUGAUGGUAUGGAAUUUGUAUUUCAAAUAUUUUUACGAACGCCCGUGAGUAUUGUGAGUAUUACUUCUGUCAUUGCUAUACUGGUUAUGAAUAUAUAUUGGUUUGGACUAAUCAUUGAGAUGUUCGCUUUCGUAAAAACCAUUUGA